AUGCCAGAGGUCGAAAAUAAGCAGCAGUUGUGGGGAGGACGAUUUACAGGGACUACCGACCCCCUGAUGUGGGAAUUCAACCAAUCUUUAAAGUAUGACAAGCGGAUGAGAGGAGCAGAUAUUCAAGGCUCUAUCGCAUAUACCAAGGCCUUACGCUUACAAGGCGUCUACACGGAGGAAGAAGAGGCCAUCAUGAUCAAAGGGCUUCAGGCAGUCGACCAGGAGUGGGAGUCUGGGAAGUUCGAAAUCAAGCCAACAGAUGAGGAUAUCCAUACCGCUAAUGAGCGUAGGCUCAGCGAGAUCGUCGGCCCAGUAGGCGGGAAGCUACAUACCGGGCGAUCGCGUAAUGAUCAAUGUGCAACUGAUCUACGACUUUGGCUAUUGGCUGAAAUCAAGGAUGUCGAAUCUGCACUCAAGGGGUUGAUUCGCGUCAUGGUUGAGAGGGCUGAUAGUGAGAAAGACAUCUUGAUGCCCGGAUACACUCAUCUUCAGAGAGGGCAGCCUAUUCGUUGGUCCCACCUCUUGCUUUCCCAUGCAUUCUCAUUCAUCUCCGACCUUCAGCGUCUUCGCGAACUUGUUCCUCGUGUAUCUGUCCUUCCUCUAGGCUCCGGUGCACUCGCAGGCAACCCAUUCGGUGUAGAUAGGGAGUUCUUGGCCAAGGAGCUUGGGUUCCAGUCCAUUGCAGAAAAUAGUCUAUGGGGUGUUAGUGAUCGCGACUAUAUUGUCGAGUUCAUGAUGUGGGCCAGCUUGACUAUGACGCAUGCUUCUCGCAUGGCUGAAGAUUUGAUCAUUUACUCAACUGCCGAGUUUGGCUUCAUCCAACUAAGCGACGCAUACAGUACUGGGUCUAGUAUGAUGCCACAAAAAAAGAAUCCUGAUUCCCUAGAACUACUUCGCGGAAAAUCGGGUCGUAUUUUCGGAAAUAUGGCUGGUUUCUUGAUGACCUUGAAAGGUCUUCCUUCGACAUAUAAUAAGGAUUUGCAGGAAGAUAAGGAACCGCUAUUUGAUAGUGUGGACAAUGUCUCGGCUUCAUUGCGCAUAGCAGAAGGCGUGAUUGCCACCCUGAAUGUCAAUUCGGAGAAGAUGCGGGCAGCUCUGACGAUGGACAUGCUCGCUACGGACCUGGCUGACUAUCUCGUUCGCAAAGGAACACCCUUCCGUGAGACGCACCACAUAUCUGGACGAGCUGUUGCGCUGGCAGAAUCCCUUGGGGUCCAGUUAUCCGACCUGACCCUCGAGCAAUACAAGAAACUCAGUCCUAAAUUCGAGGAAGACGUGGUAUCCGUCUUCGACUUCGAAAGGAGCGUGGAACAACGAAAUGCGAUCGGCGGGACCAGUAAGCAAACAGUCGACCGGCAGAUUGCAGUUUUGAGAAAAGCUUUGGAAUGA